UACAGGGGACUGCACUGGAGAAGGCAUCAGUCACAAUUAAAUCCAUUAUUCUGCAAUAAUCAAGAUCUUGGCUAAAUAAAUUGUAACAACUCCCUAAUCCCUGCCGACCUCGGCCGGUGAAUAGCGCAGACAAGGCCGGCCUGACUUCGCCUGGAGGAGAGGGCAUUACACGGGGGACGACAAGUCGCACUUUCCGCUGUGGUCGGAGGAACAAGUGGCAUUCUCGAUGACUUUCAGUUUUGUCAGACACGUGUAGAGUCUGUCAGGAGUAAUCUGUGAUCUGUUACUGGACUUUAUGUCGACAUUUUGAGUUUGUAAGUUGCACUGGAUUGUUGCAGCAGGGGUGAAGUCCUUCAAAAGUUCGUUUCGUCUUGCGGAAAAAAACAGAGGAACUUGAUAACCUAGUAUUUUGGUGUCUCGAGAAUCGGGGAUGGAGCUGAGAACUGUGUUUUCACUGACGCUGCUACUCCUGCUCGUGUGUGUGCAUGAAACGGCUUGUGGGAAGAACAAAAAGAAGAAACGGAAAGAUAAGGAAAAUCUGCCAAAUGUUGCCAGUUACUUGGUGAAGUACGGCUACGUCGCCCAAGGCCCCGACGGCGCACCGAGCAACCCGGCCGAUAUACCGCGGGCAAUCAAGACGCUGCAGAAGUUUGCCGGCAUUCCGGAGACGGGGAUCUUAGACGAUGCGACGAUCGAGCUGCUGAGCAAGGAGCGAUGCGGCGUGGAGGAUAUCAUCGGCUCGGCUAAGAUGCAAGCCAAGCUGCGGAGGGGAUCAGAGCCGGGAUUCAGUCGAUACAGUACCACGGAAAGAGAGAAGCGAUAUAACAUUGAUGGAGGGAAGUGGCGCCAGACCAGUCUGAAGUAUUACUACGAGAGCUUCGCUGAGGAUAUCAGCCGCAACGACAUGCGGGAGGUCAUCAGCCGGGCAUGGAAGGUCUGGUCUGACGUCACCCCACUGACCUUUACCGAGGUUGGGGUCAAGUCGCAGGCGCACAUCAUCAUCAAGUUCUCACGGGGUAACCAUGGCGACGGGGAGUACGCCGCCUUCGACGGCCCAGGAGGCACCUUAGCCCACGCCUACUUCCCGGAAAACGGCGACGCCCACUUCGACGAGGAUGAAGAGUUCUCGGUGGCGUCCACUGAGGGCGUCAACCUGUUCAUUGUGGCCGCUCACGAGUUCGGUCACAGCCUCGGUUUGGCUCACUCCAGCGAGCAGGGCGCCCUCAUGUACCCAUGGUAUCAAGGCUACGUGCCGGAUUUCCAGCUGCCCCAAGAUGACAUCUUCGGCGUACAGCAACUAUACGGCAAACCCCAAGUGGACAGACCAGGGACACCAAUGGAUGGCGGCGAUGGUCCCCGCAUCAAGCCGGGUCGCCCCAAUGCGUGCACCAGCGAUUGGGAUGCAGUUACCAUGGGUGGAGAUGGGCGUGUCUACGCCUUCAAGGGGCGGUACCUGUGGGGCAUUAAUGACCAAGGCGUGGUCCAUGGCUACCCUAAGAAGAUAGGUCUAGUGUACCGCGGAGCCCCCAGCAGUAUCCACGCUGCCGUCACCACGUUUGCUUACAGUCAACCCAGGACUUACAUAUUCAAAGGAACAAAAAUGUGGCGAUUCACCAACUUCGUUCUAGACCCUGGCUACCCGAAGAAGACUGCCCCGCGCGGCGUACCGCAGAGCCCCAACGCUGCCUUCGGCUGGGGCGGUAAUGGUAAAAUAUACAUAUUCAAGGGGGCGCGGUACUACGAAUUCAACCCAGAUCGGGAAAAGAUCGUCGGUGCCCCUGAGAAGAUCGCCACCAAGUGGCCGGGCGUGCCAACCACGCUGGACGGCGCCCUCCAGUGGCGCAACGGAAAGACCUACUUCUUCAAGGGCGACAGCUACUGGAGAUUUCACGACGCUAAGCUCAAGGUGACGCGGGAGUAUCCGCGCUCCAAGGCCCUGUUCUGGAUGGGGUGUGGUGUGGAGGAGGGGCAGGUGCUACCGGAAAGACUGGAGAUGCCAGAGGGCCCGGCAAAAUGAACCCCAUCAAAUCUUACUGUCAUGAGGUCAAUGUAACCACAGAGCCGUUUGUGUCAUCUUUACGUCCCCUUCUGAUCUCAGAAAUUCAGGGAUCGAUUUCUAUGAAAUUUAAAGUUUCGCAGAGACAUUCAUGCUUGGUACAUAAUUAUGCAAAGCUGUAGUUAAAACAAACAAAUAAGCACUUUUUGCAAUAAUGGUCAUUAAUGUUCCACGCUUUUGUCCGUGAAUGAGUGCGUACCACGCUUUUGUCCGUGAAUGAGUACAUUUUCUUGCUUGUGAGUCGGUCAGUGGAAAACAACAUAUGUUACAGUACCCGUGUCACCAGUCUGACGUGAUGUGCACACGCGUCGAAUUUUGUGAAUUCGGGGUCAAAACCUCAGCAAAAAGUUAGUGUCAAAAUAGGCUCGGCAUGAAAAGGAAAAUUCCCCUUGGGUGAUUCCGUGCCGGGCAGUUUUCUAGUUAUGAUAGGCCGACUAAUAACUUUGCAUGCAGCUAAGUUUUCCUUUCCUAGAGAAUAUUGUGACUUUUUCAGAAUGCUUCUCAAGUUAAGUUGAACUGAACUAAUGUUCUGCUGUAGUUAUUUUUUUCGGGGGUUAGCUGAACUUAAGUUAAUUUUUUUCGGGAGUGGUGGGUUCCCGUAGUCUAUGUGUUAUCCCCUUGCACAGCAAGGGUCUAUGACUUGCAAGCAGAUUCGGCGAUUAAAUUAUGCAAAACAAGACUGUGUCUUGACCUCGAGAUUCUGACAAUUCAGCGGGCGCCUUCUAUGGGGUCGUCCGCAACCCGUUGAUGUAUUACAAAAACAUGACAGCCAAAUUGACCAACCAAAAGCUUAGUCCCAAUUUCUGAUCGAAUUGACGUCACAAAUUUCUAAAGUCGACUCCGGUUGGCUGGCGCGGGGUUGCAUAAAAUUUGCAUUGCUUGCAUACAUUAAUAAGAUGUUGGUUAGGCUCCGUUGGACAUUGGGUGAUACUCAGACUAGGUUUCCCGUCCGAAAUCCACCAAAUUCAUGAGCACAAAAGUGCCGGCCAACCAACAAUGGGGUCGUUUGGUGACAUUACAACCAUUUUUUGUGGAGUUUUUAGCGAGUGUAACUCGUGUCAUUCAUUGCAGGACAAAUCUAUAAUUGGUGUGAGCGUAGCCUUAUUAUGGUGGUAUGGACUUAUAGACAUUUUAUGAUUAGUUUGAUGCAUUAAUAAUAUAUAUUUUUUUGUAGAACUUUUAUACACGAUUAAUCUUUGUAUAUUAAUUUUACUUUCAACAGAAAACCUAAAUGGUAAAAAAAAACCGAGCAAAUGCUUAUUUCAGAUAAAUGUCGUUUUGAAGCGGCCAGAUAGCCUUUGUCCAUUUCCAUUUUGUGGUUUUAUCACAUAAUGAUUUUGGUCAGAAUCAACGAAAUUGUGGGUUAUUUGCGCUUGUAUUGGGUCACUCCUCUCCAGUACUUA